AUGUCAGACGUCCCCGACUCACUCCUCCAAGACCGGCCCGGCCACCAAAAGAUAGACGAUGCCUUCCAGGGGAAGACGACGGAGCAAAAAGAGGCCAAACCGGCGGAAAGCAGCGCCAGCGGACCUACUGAUAGCCAUACCCUCUCUCAGAUAAACCCAGGCGAAGAGGCCAAGGGUCUCGCUCAAAAGGCUGGCGAGGAUAAUCAGCUCUCUGAUCUUGGCUGGGGGAGGUCGGAUGUCAUUGAGGAGCGGAUUGUGCAGGCGUUGUCGAAUGAGGAUUUGUUUUUGUUGAUUCGACGGUUUAAUAAGCAAAUCUACAAUGUCAAAUCCACCCCUGAUGCCCCGUUGCAGAGACUCGAUCUGAAUCGCGCCGAGGAUGAUCACUUCUCUCCGGAUAAGCUCCGUGCGACGCUGGAGCGGUUCUACACGACUAUCGUUAUUGGUUUGGCGGCCUUUAUUAAACAUAUUGCUAGGUUGCGCUCGUGGAAAGAGCCGGUUCGGACGACGGCUUUCUGCUCGGUCUACUUUACAGCGUGUCUCUGGGACAUCUUACUUCCUACAAUGUUCAUCACGCUAAUAGUCCUGGUCAUCUUCCCUCAAUCACGAAAGCUGCUAUUCCCACCUGCGCCCAUUGCAUUGGUCGAUACAGAAACAGGCGGCGUCCAAAAGCCCAAGGCUGGGGUUCUAGGCUCCCACGACAGCGUAACAGGCGCACCAGAGAAAUUCAAGGGCGAGGCAGCAGAGCAGGAAGCCAGCAACCUAAUGGCCAGCGUCGCGACUGUAGCCGUGGGGAGUGCCGCAGGUAAACACGACCAGGGGACGCCCCAGGAUGCGCCGAUGGAGGACCAAGUUCCGGACGCUAUGGAUAUUGUCUCCAAAACUGCGGAUGCGCAGGCCGCAGCGAAGGGCGAGGAUCCCUCUGAUGACCAUGAUAAGACACGAGAGCCCAUGCGGCAGACCGUGCUUAAUGGCGCGGACCAGGCGAUGCGGGUCAUGGCUGAUGUGAUUGAUACCUGGGAGCGGUUUGGGAAUUCACUGUCACCCACGCCUCCGUUUUCGAUGAUGACGCCUCGUCUGCGACUCGUUAGCGUGUUGGUAUCUGGACUCCUAGCGGCCAUUCUAACAUCCAGCUAUGUGUUCGUCAAGAUGACCACCUUGCUCACUGGGUUUGGUUUCUUCGGAGACCCCAUUAUCCAACGUGGUAUCCAGUAUCUGGACCGCGAAUAUCCGCACUGGAAGGAGUUGUCUGAACUGCAGAAUUCUCUCUUCAAGGGUGUCCCGACAAACGCCCAACUCACCCUCACUCUACUCCGUAUCGGAGAGACAAACGCUGCACCAUUACCACCACCCCCUUCAGACCCUCUCAGUAAAGCGCCUUCAAAGCCAGCCUCCAUCGACCACGAACAACUCGCUAUCGGGGCAACCCCAGAGGAAAUCGACCAAGCUGCAGCCCCAGAGCCAACGCACCAAAAGGCCGAAGAACAACACCGAACCGAAACAGGCAAGCAUUCCCACAAAAAGAAGCCAUUUUCCGCAAAAGUCCUCAACUUCUUCCGCGGUACCACCGCCGCCGGCAUCGAAAGCAAGCUGGCCGUCUCCCACGCCCGAGCAGAAGUGCCGGUUCUCGGGACAUCGCACGCCAAAAACCAAAAGGGCGUUUUACAGAAGAAGGGUCUUGAAAUUCUCCCCUCCGGCCCUGUUGAGUUUGACGCGCGGUAUCACGGACAUCGCGGGAUGGCGAUUAUCGAUUCCUCGCAUGAGCCGCCGGUGCUUUACUUUACGACGGACGAGACUGCGCAGCUUGGUGACUACAGGAUGGAGAGUCGCAAGAAGGGGAGUAUCUAUUUCGAUAUGCCGGUUACUGAUAUCAAGGAGAUGCGGAAGAUUGGGGGGAUGGGGUGGAAGGGGAAGCUGGUUACCGGGUGGGCUGUUGGGGGGAAGGAGGUUGUCGAUGGCAUCGUUGUCACUGGCAAGCAGGACCAGACGUUCCGGCUUACGGCUAUGGGGAAACGGGAUGAGCUGUUUAAUCGGCUGGUUGCAAUUGAUGGACAGGUUUGGCAAAGCUUUUGA